UUUAAACAUUCAUUUUCAUAGAUUUCUUUCCAGAAUGAGGAACCUACAGCCUCCGAAAGGUAGCGAAAAAGUUGCUGAUGAGUUGAAGGUGAAAGAAAAGAAAAGUCCGUCCUCAUUGCGAGAAAAGUAUCUGUACUUUAAACGCAACAUAACCGUCGAACCGAUGCUGGCCUGCUACAUCAUGCCGAGCGUUUUGGCUGGAUUGGCGACGCAGAACCUCAACCUGGAGAAAGCUUGUCGGGUGAAUCUCGGCUACGGAGACGUAAUCUGCGAUGCAUUGACCCGCCGUGACACAGCAAACUACACGCACGAGGAAGAGAUGGUGCAGCAUCUGGUGGCACGAAUGGCGGGGUGGAAGACGGUGCUGCAGAGCGCAUUGCCCUGCAUGUUGAUACUGUUUUGGGGUUCAUGGAGCGAUCGCCAUGGUCGGCGGAAGCCGUGCAUGUUGAUACCGAUCAUUGGUGAGUUUAUGACGGCGAUCGGGUUGAUUCUGUGCACGUACUUCAAGUCUGUUCCGAUGGAGGUGGCCGGUAUAACGGAAGCUCUGUUCCCUGCCCUAACGGGCGGCUGGUUUACGAUGUUCAUGGGCGUCUUCAGCUACAUUGCUGACGUGACCACGACCGAGGAGCGCACGCUGCGUAUUGGAAUUGUGAACUUGUGCUUUUCGUUGGGCGUCCCUAUUGGAAUGGCCUUCAGCGGAAUCCUUUUGAAACAAAUUGGGUUCUACGGAGUGUUUUCGAUAUCGGCCUCACUCUACCUGGUAGCGUUCUUCUACGGCGUGUUCGUGGUAAAAGAGGUGGACAUACUGAACGAGAAGCAGCGGCUGCGAGCCCAGGAGAAGGGACUGCUGGCCGAUUUCUUUGAUCGGGAGCACGUGAUGGAAACAUUCCGGGUAGCAUUUAAAAUUGGCGAACGGCAGCGUCGUCUCCGUGUGAUCAUGCUGAUGAUAGUGGUCAUGGUCGUGAUUGGGCCCCUGCACGGAGAGAUGGCGGUAAUUUAUCUAUUCACACGCUACCGGUUCAACUGGAGUGAGGUCGAGUUUAGCUUCUUCUCUACGUACGGCAUGCUGACCGGGCUGAUUGGGACGUUAUUUUCUGUAGGUGUUUUUUCCCAUUUGCUCAAAAUAGACGACGCACUGAUAGGCGUUAUGUCAUGCAUGUCAAAGAUACUAUCUAGCUUCGUGUAUGCAUUCGCUGUUACCACCUGGCAGCUGUAUCUGGGCCCCAUUGUUGAAAUGCUUAACGGCACGUCCUUCAUUUCAAUGCGUUCGAUCGCUUCUAAACUCGUCGCCAGCGAUGAACUGGGCAAAGUGAAUUCAUUGUUCGGUGUGGCCGAAGCGUUGAUGCCGCUAGUGUACGCGCCCCUCUACACUACAGUCUACACACUGUCGAUAAAUGUUCUGCCGGGAGCAUUUUUCCUGCUAGGUGGCGCUCUCACCUCGCCGGCAGUAGUGAUUUUCCUCUGGAUGUAUCGCGUGCAUAGGCGUGAAGCUCGUGAGCUUGCCGAGGAGAAACGCAUCGAGGAUAAGUAUCGGCAACUGGGCGAUAGUGGCGAAAGCAACGGGUGCCGCACGAUCGUGACGGAGCAAGCGGAUCGCAGGCAAAAAAUACCAGAUUAUGGCACGGGGAUCGCUAAUGCUGCCUUUGAGGAGGAGAAUAUCGGAGCAGGAAAGGUCCCAACGGCGACAGUCGACCAAUCGAAGCUGUGAUAUUCCAUCGAUACAAAACGAAACAGAUGUAGAUGUAGAUAGUAUGUGUGUAAAUACAAUCAAAGAGUAAUGUACUAAAAACGCUGCCGCUGUAGUAAGUGUGUGUGUGUGUUUGUGUGCGUGUUUUUAUUUGGGUUUUUGACGGGGGUUUGGUAACACGCGUACUGAAGGGAGUACUAAUAUUUAGCGGCACGUUAACAACAACAGCACAAGUGCAGAAUAAAAUUGGCCUUUUUAUUGCAAUCUGAAUAGGUAGAGUGAAUGCAAGCGAUUAAUACGCGAUUAUGGAUGGCACUGCACCGUAAUGUGCGUUUCAAGUGGCACCCUUCUAGCAUGAGUAGUGGUAUUAGCAGUGAAGAUAACAUACCUCGAUAAGUGAUGCGUACUACUGGAGAGAAGCAGUGAUAAGCCGGAUGAAUGCGUGAGUGUGUACAAUGGCAGAACCGAACGAAACUGAGAGUGUGAGUGUAGCGCGCUUAGGGGAGCGUGUAAUCCUCGCCCGAUCGUUUCGAGCACCAACUUCAAACCACACACCAUUUGGAUUCGCCCGUCCAAGCGGUACAAAAAGUGAUCAACCGCAUUGCGCGAACGGGUAACAACAAAAGCAUAUUAGCGGCAAUGCAUGGAAAGUUCUCCGACAGUUGAUCCAGCAGAGUUGAACAGAGCGGAGCAAACGCCUAAGCCGCACUACAGUGUCGAUAGGUACGAUUGUAAUAGCACGGCCAGUUUCUGGUGGUCAAGCUAAUAACCAGCCACGCGACGGUGCGAAGGUGUGUGAGCACGCUUCUGCCGGCGAAAUAAUAUGUGAUUUUAAUACCGAACGAAGCGUUUGCGUUUGCCGUGCCUGUUUUCGUGGUAACCAUUACACAACGGAAGGUUUGCAGUGUGUCGGAACCGUUCGCAUACCGACGAUCGUUUGGCGGCACUGGAGAGGCGUACAUU